AUGCAACUCCACGUACAUUACGGCGACCUUAACGCUGAAAUAAACAACACGUUAAGGAAGUUUUGGGAGGUGGAAGCGCUUCCACCGGUAACGUUCCUCUCCGAAGAGGACAAAAAAUGUGAAGAACAUUUUCGGCAGACUCAUUCGCGUAAACCCGACGGCAAAUACGUAGCGCGAUUGCCGUUUAAAUCAGAGCCUCCCAUCGAUAUCGGGGCUUCGAAAGGAAUCGCGGUCGCCUCCUUUUAUAGAUUGGAGAAACGGCUCGCCAAAGACGCGGAACAAGCUACGGCUUAUCACUCCUUUCUGGAGGAAUACCUGCAGCUCGGUCAUAUGCGGGAAUUUCUUGAAACAGACCCUCCUUCUGAGCAAAAGGUCUAUUUGUCGCAUCAUCCGGUCAUCCGUCAAGACAGCAGUACGACAAAAUUGAGAGUGGUUUUUAACGCGUCGAUGCCUACGUCAAACGGGUCUACGCUAAACGAUCAUUUACUAGUUGGUCCGAAAUUGCAAGCUGACCUCGCGGUCACGAUUUUACGAUGGCGCAUGUAUCAGUUCGUGUUCGCAGCAGAUAUCGCUAAAAUGUUCCGGCAAAUCUGGAUCGAUCAUCGCGACACCGCCUACCAGCUGAUAGUUUGGCGCGCUUAA